AUGAAACCCCAAGUCGAGGAGGUCGAAGAUGACUUGGCCGCAGAGGAGGAGAACAAGCUCAUCAACGAGGAAUACAAAACAUGGAAGAAGAAUGCACCAUAUCUCUACGACGUUGUGAUUACGCACGCACUCGACUGGCCAAGUCUGACAUGCCAGUGGUUUCCGGACAAAGAAUCGCCGCAAAACAAGCCGUAUACUACACACAGGCUGCUUCUCGGUACACACACGUCCGGACAGGCUCAAGAUUACCUUCAAAUCGCUACCGUACAGAUGCCCAAGCGGGAUUCCAGCCCUACCUCUGAUAAGCUGGACCGAGGGGACUACGACGACGAUCGUGGCGAACUUGGUGGACACACCAUACCCCCACAGCCCAAGAUCCAAAUCAUUCAGAAGAUUAACCACUCGGGCGAAGUCAACAGAGCGAGAUACAUGCCCCAGAAUCCGGACUUGAUUGCGACAAAGGCUGUUACAGGGGAGGUUCUAGUCUUUGAUCGUACGAAACACUCCAGUGAACCGGAACGAGGUGGUGUGUGUAAGCCUGAUAUACGGCUUGUGGGUCAGACCAGGGAGGGGUAUGGCCUAACAUGGAACCCAAACAAAGCAGGACAUAUCCUUGGCGCGUCUGAGGAUAUGACCAUCUGCCAUUGGGACGUGAACUCUUACACCAAAGCCAAAACUACGAUUGAGCCUACCAAUGUGUUCCGUGGGCACACAUCCAUCGUUGGCGACGUCGACUGGAACCCCAUCAACCAGGAUGUAUUCGCGAGCGUCGGGGACGAUAAAAUGCUAUUUAUCUGGGAUACGCGGACUACGUCUGAGGCUGCCACGAAAAUCCAGGCUCACGAUCGGGAAAUCUUGGCUGUUGCUUUCAGUCCUGCAAAGGAGCAUCUAGUUCUAACAGGCAGUGCUGACAAGACAAUUGUUCUUCAUGAUCUUCGAUCACCAGCGAAGAAGCUCCAUUCCUUCGAAUGUCACACAGACGAAGUCUUGCACCUGGCAUGGUCUCCGCACAACCCAACCGUGUUUGCUUCGGCAUCGAGUGACAGACGCAUUAAUGUUUGGGACCUCUCGCAGAUUGGAGUCGAGCAAACUCCUGACGACCAGGAGGACGGCCCUCCAGAACUGCUCUUCGUCCACGGAGGGCAUACGGCACGACCGACCGAUUUCUGUUGGGCCCCUGGUGAGCAAGAGAACUGGACGGUGUCCAGCACAUCGGAGGACAAUGUCGUCAUGGUUUGGCAGCCAACAAUGCGUAUAUGGGCUGGAGACGAAGUCAAGGUUGAUGAGAAGGAACUCGAAGGUGACGCCAUGGAAGGCAUCGAAGAAACCACGCCAAGCGGGAGCGGGCAGGGCAAUGCGAAAGGGAGUGCCAGCCUGCGAAGCCAAAGUAUGAGUGUUAGCGCGAACGGGGACGACUAA